AUGUGCGCCGCCCAGCCGUUCAUCGCGCGCCGCUUCCUCCUCGCCAUCGCCGCCAUCGUCACUUCCAAGCUCAUCGGCAUCGCAGUCCCAUUCCUGUUCAAGAGCGUCGUCGACAGCCUCAUGGCCGCCUCCGCCUCCGCCUCCGCUUCCACCUCCGCCUCCGCCGCCGCGCACAUCAUGGCGUCCACGUCCCACGAGAUGCGCAACGCCUUCUUCGCAAAGGCGGGCCAGCGCAUUGGAAGGUCCAUUACUGCCUCGUCGUUUGCGCACAUUCUUUCCCUCGAGGCCGCGUUUCACAACACCACCCAGACAGGCGCGCUGACGCGCAUCGUCGACAGGGGCACGCGCAGCGUGCUUACCAUCUUUCGUGGUAUGCUCUUCGCUUUCUUGCCGAGCCUGUUCGAGCUACUGCUGGUGUGCAUCGUCCUGCUCAACCGCUUUUCGUUGGUGUAUGUGGCAGUCACUGUCGCGACAUUUUUGGCCUUCAUCGCGUGGACGCUGGCCGUCAAAGCAUUUCACAACGACGGUUUUGAGUUUGCGCGCUACGACGAGUCGCUGCAGAAGUACGAGAAAACGGCCAUCCGCAACGAGUGGCUCUUCUCGUACCUCAACAUGGGGCAGGGCGCCAUCUUCACCGUCGGCCUCACCAUCAACCUCUUCCUCGCCACCAAUGGCGUCAUCGCCGGAACGCUCACCGUCGGCUCCGUCGUCAUGCUCGCUACCAUGCUGCAGCAGCUCUGGGUCCCGCUCAACUUUCUGGGAUGGCAGUAUCGCGAAGUCAAGCAGAGCCUGAUUGACUUGCAGAACUUGUUCGAGAUACUCCAGCGCGCGCCGAAGAUCGCCGACGUUACAGACGCAAAGCCCCUGAGGGUCGCGGGCGGCGAGAUUCGUUUUGACAACGUCUCGUUCCACAAGCCACCAAAGAGGAAGUUGGCGCUGAACAAGUUGUCGUUCACUGUGCCGGCGGGCAAGUCGCUGGCUUUGGUCGGGUCUAGCGGCUCGGGGAAAAGCACCGCUACGCGUUUGCUGUACAGGCUGUAUGAUCUGUCGGGGGGGUCCAUCUCCAUCGACGGACAAGACAUUUCAAAGGCGACGCUCGCGUCGCUGCGGCAGGCGGUGAGCAUUGUGCCGCAGGACACCGCACUUUUCAAUGAUACCAUCGCCUAUAACAUCCGAUAUGGAAGACCUUCAGCUUCAGACGAAGACGUUGUCGCUGCAGCGAAAGCAGCGUCAAUACAUGACGUCAUCAUGAGGACACCGCACAAUUAUCAGACCCUAGUCGGAGAGCGCGGUGUGCGACUAUCGGGAGGCGAACGGCAACGACUGUCCGUCGCCCGCGCUUUUCUCAAGGGUAGCAAGAUCAUCAUUGAGGAUGAAAGUACAAGUGCUCUCGACACCCUUACCGAAAUGGAGGUCUCUGAGGCCCUUCGAAAGUUGGGCGUGGAUCGCACAAGGAUUAUUGUCGCUCACAGGCUCAGCACCAUCAUGAACGUUGAUCACAUUGUCGUCAUGAGGUACGGCAAAAAGGUUGAAGAGGGCACCUUUUCGGAGCUUCUGAGCAUUCCCAACGGGACCUUCAAAGGAAUGUGGGACAGACAGCAGAAGAGCGAUGAUACGGACACAAGCUUUGAGAACGGGGCAACGGACAAAUGACUAACAGAAGAUUAUUAUGUCAUACAUACGUACACUACACCAUCUCUGCCAGUUUAUACGCCUAGGUUUAACUGCAGAAAUGUGUGCACUGUAUCGCAUUUGGGUGUUGGUAUGUGACUGUUGAUCUUUUUUUUGACUCACGUGGACAAGUAAACACUUGUACCGUAGAUCUGUUUAUAGUAUGUAAACUGUGUCUGUUCACGGACUUUAAAGUCAACGGCUUCAGUCUUAGAGCUCACUCCCUAGAUGUCGUCGAGUGAAGAACAAGUCACAUAGAAGGCAGAGGCUAAUCUAACAAACUAGAUGAAUUUUUCCAAUGAAGAUAAAAUCUCAUUUGCU